AUGGAUACUUCAAAAAAAGAAUUAUAUUAUUUAAUCAUUUUACUAUCAUUUGUAAAAUAUUCUUUAGGAUGUUCUGGUAGUGGUGUUGGGACACAAAAUUAUCAGAAUCCAACAAUAAGUAUGAAAUUUUUUCCCCCAACAUUAUGGACAUAUCCUCCAACUGAUUCAACUACUUUAAUGACAUAUUUCUUAGGACAAGCAUCAUCUCAAUCACAAGCACAAAAUAAUGCAGAAACUGAUUUAACAAGUGCUCUUUCAUUGGCAUUACAGGAUAAUGGUUAUAAUGCAGGAUUAUAUAAAAUAACACCAACAUAUGCAGCUCCAUUAGUAUAUGAUUGUGUUAAAGCUGCAUCAGGAACUCCAACAAAUUUUGAUUGGUAUGAAAUUGAAGGUGAUGUUGUUGCAAAACAUGUCACUGGUUAUACACAAGCUCUUACUGGGACAAAUUGUAUUUCAAAAAAUGUUGGUACAACACCAGUAACAAAAAGUGAUUUUAUUUUAGAUGCAAGAAUAACUAUUGAUGGAUUGAAUGUAAAUUCAAUACAAAUGACGCAAAUUUUGAAUGCAUUUAUGGCUCAACUUUCAUUUGGAAGAGUUAUCAAUUCAUGUACUGUUGGUGAUAUAGAUUUAACAUCUACCCCUAGAGCAAUUAAUUCUAAAGGAAAAAGGACAAUGACUAUAACAAUUAAAGGAUCACCACCAGUUGAAUGGACAUAUUUUCAAGAAAAUAUUAAUAGAGCAUAUCCAGGACAAUUUCAUAUUGCUGAAGUUUCAAAAUAUAUUAUUGAAGAGGAUCUUAAAAAUGCAUUAAUUUAUGGAAUGUUAUCAUGGGGUGUUAAUCCAAAUUAUCAUACAUUAACAACAACAAAUAUUGCAACAUUUGCUUAUCGAUGUGAUAGAAGAGGUGAUAUUGGAGUUGGUUCUUCAAAUAUAAUGGGAGAAAUUGAAAAUGGUUUUAUAACUAAAAAACUUACAAUUGCAAGUUCUAUUACAACUGAAGAUUGUGUAAAAAAUAAAUACAAUUCUGGAAAAUCUGGUACAACACAACCAUUAAUUGUUGAAAAUUCAAUUAGUGCUAGUUCAAUUAAUCUAAGAAAAGAGGAUGCUCAAAAAAUUGUUGAAUUUUUUAUAGAUUAUAUGACAGAAAUGAAAAAAUUACACCCUGAAGCAGAAGUAUCUUACACAAUUAAUUAA